UAGAUUGGACCGAACUGACCGAAGUUGAAGCGAUGGAACUGACACAAGUGGCUAGGCGCUGUCUCGGAUGGACAAGCUGCCUUCGAUGCAGCGGGGGCGGACGGAGACAGUGGGGUGCACGAAUACCGGGGAAGUAAAGUAAACCGUGAAUGCUACGGUGCCGCGGUACCAAUUUGACCUCCCGCCAGGCUCAGCCCAACCAUGAACACUGUAAGUCACUCAAAGGUGAGUACUGAGGUAGGAACCCUGAUGUUGUGGUGCACACUGGUAGGUACGGAGGUUCCAGAUGGCGUGGUGGAGCGCCCCUCGGGCCUACCGCGGCCUUUCUGUUCUCUUAGGCUCUUAGUCUUCGGCCUUCCCUCCCCUCCGCAUUCGUCACAGUCGAUAUUUUCUCCCCCCAAGACUCCAACCUUUCACGUCGUUUUCCGGCCUCUUGGUUGCCGUUGGUGGAUUGAUUUACCUUCAACUUUCAAGUACCGUUAUCCGCUCCGCUCUAACUCCCUUGUGUAUGUGUGGCUACCUAGUGACUAACGUUUUACCGGCUCCAUGCCAUACCGGUACUCCGUACUGGAGCAAUGAAGAGAGGGAUGUUCUGGCACUUUAUAACGUUCUUCCGGUUGGCCAUCAGGUUACCGGCGCUACGGAAUACUGGAAUAGGAAGGCGCCUCACUCCACAUUUGGGAGUGCAUCAUCCGUAUAUUACCC